UAUAGUAAUUUAAAAAGAAAAUUAUUAAGGAAAGAUCAAUUAAUUAGGAAACGAAAGAGUAUUAAUAAGCAUUGCUUUAGCUUAUGGUGAAAUCUUUAAAGGAAAUAAGUUAACUCAAAUUUAUAUCUUAUAAGCCUCAUUUAUAAGCCUACAAGCUAAGACAUCUCACAAGUUGCUAUAUAAACUUAAUAAAGUAUUAUUAACAUAAGCAACACAUUUCCUUCACUUAUAUAUUGAACACAACCUCGUGACAAAAACUUGCCAAUUUUAGAAUUUGGACAAUAUAAAAUAGAGAGAAAAAAAUUAAUAGGGAGAAAUUAAAGAUCAUAAUUAGAAUUAAUGGCUGCUGAAAGUAGCAAGAAAGAAAAGAAUGGUUCACCAAUAAAGACAGUGGUGGUUUUGGUGCAGGAAAACAGAUCAUUUGAUCAUAUGCUUGGCUGGAUGAAGCAAUUCAACCCGGAUAUUGAUGGGGUUACGGGUCUGGAGUCCAACCCAUUAAACACUUCAGAUCCUAAUUCUGCCCGUAUUAACUUUAGUGAUGGAUCUGUUUAUGUGGAUCCUGAUCCGGGUCACUCCAUUCAAAAUAUCUACGAACAGGUAUUUGGAGAACCAUGGAGCCAAGAAUCAUCCCAAAAGAAGUUACCCCCAAAAAUGGAAGGAUUUGUCCAAAAUGCAAAUUGGAUCAAACCCGAAAUGGGUGAAGUUGUUAUGAACGGGUUCAAACCGGAUCUUUUACCCGUUUACAAAGAAUUGGUAAGCCAAUAUGCAGUUUGUGAUAGGUGGUUUGCUUCAAUACCUGCAUCAACACAACCCAAUAGACAAUAUGUGCAUUCAGCAACGUCUCAUGGCCUAACAGGAAAUGAUACUGAUAAGCUAAAGGCAGGAAUGCCUCAAAAGACAAUUUUUGAUUCACUACAUGAAGCUGGUUAUAGUUUUGGUGUAUAUUAUCAGCUCCCUCCUGCCACUCUCUAUUACAGGAACCUAAGGAAAUUAAAAUACAUACCAAAGUUCCACGAAUAUGAUCUCUCAUUCAACAGACAUUGCAAGGAAGGAAAGCUACCAAACUAUGUGGUAAUAGAGCAAAGAUACUUAGACUCUAAAUUAUUACCAGGGAAUGAUGAUCAUCCAUCCCAUGAUAUAUCAAGCGGUCAAAAAUUGAUCAAAGAAGUAUACGAAGCAUUGAGAUCAAGCCCACAAUGGAAUGAAAUGUUGUUUAUAAUCAUAUAUGAUGAACAUGGAGGUUUCUAUGAUCACGUUCCAACUCCUGUGGAAGGAGUACCAAGCCCAGAUGAUAUUCAUGGUCCUGCUCCUUAUAAUUUUAAGUUUGAUCGUCUUGGUGUUAGAGUUCCUGCUAUUUUUAUUUCUCCUUGGAUUCAACCUGGAACAGUGGUACAUGGUCCAACAGGGCCUACACCAACAUCACAAUACGAGCAUUCAUCAAUCCCAGCAACUAUAAAAAAGAUAUUUAAUUUAAAGGACUUCCUUACUAAACGAGAUGCAUGGGCUGGCACUUUUGAUGUUGUCUUGAACCGAACCACUCCUAGAACUGACUGUCCAGUUACAUUACCUGAACCAAUGAGAUUAAGAGAGUUUGAUGCAAAAGAAGAAAAGGAGUUAUCAGAAUUCCAAAGAGAAAUGGUGCACUUAGCAGCAUGUUUAAAAGGAGAUCAUAAUAAACACAGCUAUCCACACACACUUGUUCAACAAAUGAAUGUUGCUCAAGCUGCUCAUUAUUGCAAUCAAGCUUUCACUCUUUUCCUACAAGAAUGUAACAAAGCCACCCAAAAUGGUGCUCAUGAAGAUGCAAUUGUUGUCAUUGAAAAAACUCAAGAAGAAGACGUAGUUAGAAGUCAUGAUUCAUUCUUUUAUAAGCUCUUUUCUUGCUUGCCCUGCAUCAACCAUCAUUGAUAUAUAAGCUACUCUUUCGAUUCUCACCUAAUCGUCCUUUGUAAUCAAAAUUUAAUUGUGUGCAUG